AUGGGCUCCGUGGACACGGAGCUCUACCCUCAAGCCUCCGGCGCAGCCGCCUCUCUCGUAGCCGUCCACACAGCGCCGCAGCCACUCAAGCUCUACGCGGGCUGGUUCUGCCCCUUCGUGCAGCGCGCCUGGAUCGUGCUGGAAGAGAAGCGGAUCCCCUACCAGUACAUCGAGAUCAACCCGUACCACAAAGCGCAGUCGUUCCUCGAUCUGAAUCCUCGCGGCCUGGUGCCGACGCUCGGCUGUCCGGCCGGUCCGGACGGCAAAGAGACAAAGCCACUGUACGAGAGCAACAUCAUAUGCGAGUACCUGGACGAGUCGUACGCGGACACAGCCCAGCACGGACCGCGUCUGCUGCCGUCGCAUCCGUACGAGAGAGCGAGAUGCCGCAUCUGGACGGAUUUUGUGGGUUCGCGCAUCGUCCCGGCGUUCUACCGCUUUUGCCAACACCAGCCGCAUUCGGCGUACUCGAUCGAAGAGGCUAGGGCGGAGUUUCUCGCACACUUGAAGACUUUCACAGCGGAAGCUGAUGCGGAGGGCCCGUUCUUUCUCGGGGCGAAUAUUUCAAUGGUCGAUAUAGCCCUUGCGCCGUGGUUGAUUCGUCUUUGGAUCUUUGACCACUUCAAGACGGGCGGUCUGGGUAUGCCUGGACCCGGGCAAGGCGGCCAAGACGAGGUAACGUGGGCCCGGUGGAGGAAAUGGGCUGCUGCGGUGGAAGAGAGGCGCAGUGUACAGGAGACGACGAGCUCGAAAGAACGGUAUAUACCGGCUUAUCAGCGGUAUGCUGAUAAUACGACUCAAAGCCAGGUCGCUCAGGCUACGCGGAGUGGUCAAAGGCUGCCUUGA